GUAAAAAGAGGCUACAACAGAGCUCACCUGAGCAGGCGAGCAGUGGCCAGAGUUUGGAUUAAAAGGAAAUAAACGGAGAUUUUACGCACAAGACUUUUACGCGCACAUCUCCAGCGUGGCGCGGGUGUGAGUGUUGUCUCGUGGUGGUGGUCACGGUGCGGUGAGGCGGAUUAUUCGUGUCCGUUUUCAGUGAAGGCACUCCGGUGUGUGUGUGUGUGACCUGAGGCCCGGUGUUUUCCUCCACAGACGUUGGAUAGAAAAUGGAGUGUGUGCCUUUAAGGCGCCCGACUGCCUGUCGCUUUCUGCUGCGGAGAGACUGACGCCCUCUGGACACAGUGGACACUUGAGCGGCGGCAGAACACCAUCCUGGAGAAGUUCAAAGAGAAAACAGCCACUCUCCCUCUUGAAAAGAAAACUGUCUGACUUGUUAUCAGCGCUGUGGUGUUUCCAGUACCGUGCUGGUGAGCCGUCAGGAUGAGGCCUGGUCAGCUGAUCCUCCCCGCCGCCGCCGCUCUCCUCUUCCUCCUAUCGGGAUUGUCUCUGACCUCCGGCUGCAACAAAGCCCUCUGCGCGAGCGACGUCAGCAAGUGUCUCAUCCAGGAGCUGUGCCAAUGUCGUCCAUCUGAUGGGAACUGUUCGUGCUGUAAAGAGUGUAUGCUGUGUCUGGGGAACCUUUGGGAAGAGUGCUGCGACUGCGUGGGGAUGUGUAACCCCAAGAACUACAGCGACACUCCGGCCACGUCGAAAAGCACUGUGGAGGAGCUGCACCGCCCGAUUCCCUCCCUGUUCCGCGCCCUAACGGAAGGCGACGCGCCAAUCAACAUGAUGGUGGUGUCCUUCCCCGUCGCCGAGGAGCUUUCCCAUCAUGAGAACCUGGUGUCCUUCCUGGAGUCGCUUGACACCCAGCAUCAGAACGUCUCCGUGCCUGGCAACAGCAUCCACGCCAGCUACGACACUCAAGAAAACAUGUGCACGGUGGUCUACUUUGACGACUGUGUGUCUAUCCGGCAGUGUAAACUAUACUGUGAGUCAAUGGGAGGAUCGAAGUACCGCUGGUUUCACAACGCCUGCUGCCAGUGUAUCGGACCCGAGUGCGUGGACUACGGCAGCAAGGCUGUAAAGUGCAUGAACUGUCUCUUCUGAAGUGCGGGCACAUGUUGGUACCAAAUGUCUGGGCCAUACCAGAGGACUGAGGGCAGAGGAAACUAUGACUGUUAUGUGUUAGCAUUCCUCAGUUACCUUGUAAAAUACCCCCGACACCCCUCCUCCUACCCCUGCAAAUUGUUUUUAUUCUGCUGUUAUGUUUCACUGUAUAUUUUUAGAUAUGUGUUCAAUAGUGUUUUUUACUAGAGGUGUAUAUGAAUAAUGUAUUUUUACAAUUAUGGUCUGCUAAAUCCCAGUCUCAUGCCAAAUAAAGAAAAGUUUGGUGACAUGGA